AUGCCAAUCCUCACCGCCUCCAACCUAGCCCUCCUCUUCGGCGAAGUCGAAAUUUUCGCUGGUGUUGACCUUCAGAUCGACGAGCGCGACCGCAUCGGCAUCGUCGGUCCCAACGGCGCGGGCAAAACAUCCCUCAUACGCAUCCUCGCCGGCGAACUCGAAGCCAACGCCGGCACCAUCACGUGGCAGCGCGGCGUCCGCAUCGGAUACGUGCCGCAGACGCCCAAUCAAGCCCCCGACGGCACAGUCCACGACGAAGUGAUGCAGGCAUUCACCCGCCUCCGCCAGGUCGAGGACGAACUCGCCUCAAGCGCGCUCGACAUCCAGGUCGCCGAAGGCACAGCCCGCCGUGACGCCGAGCGCCGCUACGAUGCCCUACUGCGCGAGUUCGAGGCGCUUGGCGGCUACGAAUACGAGCACCGCAUGGAGCGCGUCCUUGAUGGCGUGGGACUGCCCGAAGAGACACGUGCAACCCCCGCGGCGGACGCAAGCGGCGGUGAGCGUACACGCGCCGCGCUCGCCAGGGCGCUCCUCUCAGACCCCGACUUCCUUAUCCUAGACGAGCCGACCAACUACCUCGACUUCCACGGGCUGGACUGGCUCGAAGACUUCCUAUCCGGCUUCACGGGCGGCUUCAUGGUCGUCUACACGACCGCUACUUCCUCGACAAGGUGGCGAACCGCAUACUGGAAAUCGACAACGGCAAGCUCCAGUCCUUCCCCGGCAACUUCACCAAGUACCGCGUCCUCAAGGAAGAGCAGCAGCGACGCCAGCUCAUCGAGUACGAGCGACAGCAGGAGUACAUCGAGCGCGAAGAGUCGUUUAUCAGCAGAUACAAGGCCGGACAGCGGGCGCGAGAAGCGCGUGGGCGCGCAACUCGCCUCCAACGCCUUGAGCGCAUCGACAAACCACAAACCAACGACGCAAUCUACCUCGGAAGCGUCAGCACAUUCCGUACCGGCCAGACUCGAACGCGGCUCGCGCACCGCAAUCAUCGGCAGCAACGGCAUCGGCAAGACCACGCUCAUAAAGACGCUGCUGGGAGAGACGCCGCCAAUCACUGGCAGAGCAAGCCUCGGACACAAUGUCGAGCCUGGCUACUACUCGCAGGGCAGCAUUGACCUGCCGCAGCGCUCGAGCGUCAUGGAUGCCCUGAUAGACGCGCGCAACCUGCGCAUUCCCGAAGCCCGAAACUACCUCGCUCGCUUCCUCUUCAGAGGCGAUGAUGUCUUCAAGUCCACAUCCGCGCUCAGCGGCGGCGAGCGCAGCCGCCUCGCCCUCGCGCGCCUGCUCAUCACCGAGCCGAACAUGCUCAUCCUCGACGAACCGACAACCCACUAG